AUGGCUGAAUUCCCUCCUCCCAGUCUCGCCCCUCUAGCCCAGGAAGUCGUCGACCUCCUCAAAGCCCGAAACGAAACAGUCUCAGUAGCCGAAACGGCAGCCGGCGGCCUCAUCUCAGCCUCUCUCCUCUCCAUCCCCGGAGCCUCAGCUAUAUACAAAGGCGGACUGACUGUAUACACUCUCGAAUCCCGCCUCGCAUUCGCAGGCUGGACGCAGGCAAGCAUCGAGGGCUAUAAAGGCCCUACCACCGCAAUCGUAACCCAGAUGGCCGAGCAUACCCGGCAAACGCUCUUCUCGACGUACGCGGUGAGCGAGAGCGGCACGGCUGGUCCGACGGGCGGGUCGUCGAGGAACCGGACUCCGGGCUAUGUGGCCAUUGCGGUAUCCGGAGCGCAGGGAUGCUCGACGCGCGAGAUUGAAACCGGCAGUAGCAAUCGGGCGGAGAAUAUGGUUUCGUUUGCGAGGGAGUCGUUGCGGCUUUUAAAGGAGGUGUUGUCUCAGCCGGAGGGGUCUGCUCUUUGA